AUGCCCUCGUCGGCGUCUCGCCCGAAGAGCGGAAGGAUGAAGCGCCGGCGGUCACGCACGAGAGAAACGCCGACGCGGGGGGAAAAUGCGGGGAGGCGCAGACGGGAGGCGUCGCGCUCCAGCCGUUCCUCUUCAGGUUCCUCGCGGCACUCCACGUACUCCUCCUCCUCCUUGCGGGGGUCAGAUGAGCGCAAGCACUACCCGCUGUUCACGGCAGAGUACGCCAGGCGCUUUGGGCGCAGCAACAUUCCUUUUCUGCGUCUGGACUCCGGCGACAUGCAUCAGAAGCAGCAGCAGCAGCAAUUCACGUCCCCUUUGCUUCGUUUGAAACACGUGUCGUCAACACCGUGGACGCGGGAGCGGCCUCGUUGGAUUUUGUACAAUGAGUACGUGCUGCUGCGUGAGUUGGGUAAAGGCACCUACUCCAAAGUUGUCUUGUGUCGCUCCCUCCGCACUGGUGAUCUUUGCGCAUUAAAGAUAUUUCGCAACGAGCAGACCUACAAGGAGGCGUACUGGAACGAAGUGGGGGCACUUGAGGCGUUAUGUCGACCGCUUGCAGAGGAGGCGGAACGGCAGCAGCAGCAGUACAACAUCGGCGUGAGUAGUGGGGGUCUUGGUGGCGGUGGUAGCGGCGUUUGCAAUGGUGAGGGCAGUCUGACGGCGACCGUGACGGGACGGUAUGAUGCAUUUGGUGGCUCAGCGGUGUGUCAGGGACAAGCGGGUCGUUUCAUCGUCCCCAUUUCACACCUGCCCCAUCCCAUUCAUCACGCGAUUGUUCUGCCCCCUCUUGGAUUUUCGCUGUUUGACGUCCUGCGGCACAUUCGUGAGGAGUCCAUGAAGGCGGCGGGCAAUUUAGCGUCUGGAUCACAGAAAAGUACAUUGCCAAAUGGUGUUGACGAAGAGACUGUAUUGCGUCAACGUGGUGUAAUUGAGGUUCAUUACAGAGGGCUGCCCCUCGAACUUGUACGCUCGGUCCUGUACCAGAUUCUUCUCUUCCUGCGCCACGCUCACCGCCGUGGCAUUGCACACACGGACAUUAAACCAGAAAAUGUUCUAUUUGAAUCCAAUGACACCCUCAUGACGCAGCUUUGCAUUAGGACGCAUCGCCACUCCAACAACUCCUUUGGGCCGUUGGGUAGUCAUGAACAAACUCAAAAAAUAGGUUUGGGUGGUAUUGGUACCUUCACAUCAUCAUCGUCAUCCCCGAAAUCCAUGCAGAAGGGAAUGAGAGUGAGUGAAACCGUAGUGAACGUCAGGCUUCCUGCGAUGAAUGCUGUUCGUGUCAUUGACGUGGGUGCCGCCGAAUUCCUCUCAGAGUGUCGCAAACUAAGCGUGUUGGAUGGUAAGACACCUGUUUUUUACCACCGCAUUCAAACGACGCAUUACUGCAGUAUAGAGGUACUGCUUGGGCUUGGGUGGACGAGUUCUGCGGACAUGUGGUCACUUGGCUGCAUGAUUCCCGAAUUGCUUACAGGGGAUUGUAUCUUUAUGCCACAGGAUGACCUUGAGCACAUUGCCCUUAUGCAGCACAUUAUUGGUCCAUUUGAUAUUCCGGAGAGCAAUGGGCAAUCUGAAACAAUUGUUAGGCGUGUGUUCGCAAAGGGACGUUAUUUUGAAAGCUACUUUGAUACACAUACGAUGCAGUUGGAGUGGCCAUACCGGUUCAAUAGGUCAUCAUCAUCAUCAUCGCAGCGCCGACGGCGUAUUAUUUCACUUGAGGAUAUUCAUUAUGUCGUGUCACGACCAACGCUACAGGAGGUGCUUGAGCCCUUUCCGCAACUGUAUGAUCUCUGUCGACGGCUUUUAGACUAUGACCCACUGCGUCGUAUCACUGCCGCCGAAGCCCUCCAACAUCCAUUCUUUACUUUAACCGCGUAA